ACUAUUUAUUUAUUUAUUUAAAACAUACACACGUUUAAACGUACACAGACAUAUCCAUACAUCUUUUUCCCAUCCUAUUUCAUUGAACAAAUUAAAAUUUCAUUUCCCUUACUCCCGGUUAAAAACGUUCCGAGUGUUCGGAUUAGAUUCGAGAUGAAUUUAACUGGAAGGUGUCUCGCUGUGAACUCGAACAAACACAUAUAUAUAUAUAUAUACAUACAUAUGUAAAGAAAUUUUGUGAUGUGAUUUAAAAUUUGUCGAAUUGUUUCUCGGUGCGUGGGUGGGUGUGUUGUACGUGCUCGAAUCAGUGUUUAUUUCUAUAUCAUUCGAGAAUUAUAAGAAGAAAAGGUGUCGUAAGAAAUUCGAACGAACGAUGAUGCAUCGUAAUUGAAUUGAAAAUAAAAAGAAAAGAAUUCUUCGGUUUUCUUGUUGUUCUUCUUCUUCUUGUUCUUCGUCAACUUCAUCGCGGUUGUCAUCCUGUCGUCGAAAAUGCAGCAACUACUCGGACUGUUUUACACUCUUCUGCUGCUAACUUUAACGUUAUCUGUGAUUUCAAUCGAGAGUCAUCUGAUCGAUGGGAUCUUCACGGAACCGACCUUAGAACCAGGUUAUAAUCUUGUGGCUACCGUACCACGAGGUGCUGUGGCAUUGAACGUGACCGAGUUACGUCACACGCAAAAUUAUUUAGCUAUCAGAUUGCAAAAUGGCAGUUAUUUGUUCAACGGUAACUACAGCAUCAAUUGGUCAGGCGAAUACAACGCAGCUGGCACAACAUUCGUAUACAUACGGCAAAGCCCACAAAAUUUGGAAAGUUUUUCUGCUACUGGUCCGUUGCACGAGCCCAUCGAUGUUAUGGUGCUGUAUCAAGAGCCCAAUCCUGGUAUAGUUUACCGUUAUAUCAUUCCUGGAAGUAGUACCGCCAGUGCACCGAGUAAUUCUCAUCUCACUCGCAAUACAGUUUUAAAUAGACAGAUCGAAGUAGCAGUACCACCAUCAGCACCAGCAAAUACUUCUUUAAGAAAAACGAACAGUACCACCAAUACAUUGACAACUAUCGACGACUCAGCUACAAAUGCCUCGUACAUUCCUAGGCGAUACAAAAAACGAAAAUUUGCAUGGAAACCUGCCGGUUAUACGGAAUGCAAUAAAUCCUGUGGCGGAGGUAUCCAAACAUUGAGAUACGUGUGUAUCAGAGAACACACACAGACACAGGUAUUCGAUAAAAGAUGUCACACGUUGGAAAAGCCACGAGAAGUUCGAUUGAGGUGUAACACCAAUCCCUGUCCACCCGUAUGGAGACCAACCGCAUGGAGCCCGUGUACGGUCAGCUGCGGUACCGGCGUUCGUAUACGAGAUAUGGAAUGCGUUCAAGAGAUCAGAUCGACCUUAACGGUAAUUGUAUCCGAGGGUGCUUGCACUGAACCAAGAAAUUUACCUAUCAGCGAGACGUGCAACGAACAACCUUGCGAACAAGACACCAGAAAAAUAUCGGAAGUAGGUGGACAGUUCUUCAACUGGAAUGUUGGAUCUUGGUCCGAGUGCUCGACGACGUGUGGGGUAGGUAAAAGAACGAGACUCGUAACGUGCGAACCAAAGGAAUACCUUUGUAACGUAGCAGAGAAACCGAUUUCUCAAGAGGUCUGCGAUUUGGGCCCUUGCACCGUGAAAUUUUCUUCAAGCAAUGCAAUUUCGUUGACCGAGCCACAGGUAACCACCACCACCACCACCAUUUCUCAAUGGCUCUAUACCGAAUGGUCCGAACAGUGUUCUGCCGAAUGCGGAAUCGGUAUGCAAAGUAGAAGAGUAUUUUGUGAAAAAUAUUCCAACGAGGAAUGCGAUCGUAUGAAUCGUCCAGAAUCAUCCAGAUCUUGUUCGAGUAAUAGAACGUGUAGCGGACAAUGGUUUGUCGGGCCUUGGUCUGAGUGUUCUUCGAAUUGCGAUUUUGGCGAACAAACGAGAGAAGCCGUAUGCGUUACUACACUUCGCGGUGCAUUACGUGUCGUUCUUGAUAUGAAUUGUCCUGCUAAUAAACCGGAAACGAGGAAAUCGUGCAGAGGUCCACCUUGUUCGUACGCUUGGUUUACGUCCGAUUGGAGCGAGUGUUCACGUUCGUGUGGCAAAGGUAUCCAAAAAAGAGAAGUCAAAUGUUUGUCACCGGAAAAUGUAUCGAACGAGUAUCAUCAAAUAGUAUAUUGCAAAGAGGACGACCGACCGGUUUCACGACGAACGUGCAACGAUUAUCCUUGCAAAAACGAUACUAACAAUUCGGAAAACGUUCCAAGAGUGUCGCAAGUUCAAGACGAUCCGGAGAUAUACAAUGGUCUCGAAGAUAAUCCAUUUUGCAAGGACAACAUACCGAAUUGCGGAUUGGUGAUUCAAGCACGUUUAUGCACUUAUCAAUUUUAUCAACGAUCGUGUUGUCUUUCUUGUUCGCGAGCUAAACACGAACCGGAAUGAGAAAAAGGGAAGGAUAAGGGGGAAAAAACAGAUUAGAUAUUAUUGUUAUUGAAAAAAAGAAAAAGAACAAAAUGAAAAUGUGAUUAGUGAAAUUUUGUUGACCAACGAUGCAUUUAAAAUUCAACGAUCGUGAAUAGUAAGAUAAGUAAUACGCGAAUCGGUUUAAACGCGAUGCAAUUAUUCAGGUCUUUCAAACGCGAAACACGUCGUAUGUUUUUUAUUUAGUAAAAGAUGCUUUUUACGUUUACUCACAUUUAGUGGCUUAGUCAUUUAAUCAUUGUGUCUAUGUUAAAACGUAAUAUCUCACGAGAAACACGAUAUUACGUUUAAAUGACGCUUUUCAAGUAUCAAUGAACUUACUGACGUUUGCAAAUUCUUUCGAUGAAUCGUUACUGUUCAAUAUUUUUCUCGCUAUGCGCAUAUAUAUACGUUCCAAACAUUUAUAAUAAUAUAAAUUCGUAAGGAUUCGAAUCUAUCGCGAGAGAAACUGAAUUAAAUAUUAUUUUUAGUUUAGUUAUAAUUAAUUUAAAAAACGAUUCGCGAACAAAUAUUCAAAUGCAACGUCAUUCAGCUUUUUUAUUUCUUUUCUUUUUUGAUUCUCUGUCACAUAUCUAAUCCUUAGUUGUAUGGACUAAUUAAUUAAUUAAGAGACAUGUUGCUUCGAAAUUUUUUCGAAAAGAAGAAGAUAACACACGUGCAGAAUACGACGAUUCCCCUUAGGAGAAUAUUACAGUAUUAUAAUGACGUAAUUAAUAUAUUGAAUAAAA